GCAGCUGGACCCUUUGCUUUCUCCAGCUCUCCCCACCUCAACACUCAGGUUUGUGCCAGCCUGAGCUGGGGUGCUCUGCUUGGCACACCUUUCUCUGCCGAGUUUUUGUGACCUGUCCUCUUUCGGCCGCUGCGAAACGAAGCCCCCGGGGCGCAGGAGGCGCCCACAGAUGUUUCCAUGAGAAGGUCACAGCUCUUCUCUCUGGUUAAGCUCCACAGCCACGUAUCUAAUUACAGCUUUGUGGCCAGCCCCAGGUCCUAGGGGGAGGAAAAACGCCGCCGGGAAUCGGGUUUGAAACCAUUCGAGGGCAACCGCUCGGUGCUGAGGGUGCUGCGGUGGCAGGGGGGAGGCAGGCAAGAUGCUGGCGGCACGGACGGGCACCAUGGGCAACAAAAACGCCGAGGAGAGCCUGAAGCUGAGGAAGCAGUCGGUGCUCUCCCUGGGGAGCAGGGAGAGAGCCCUGAAGAGCACCUCGGAGAGCGCGAAGGAGAGCAGAGGCCGCGGCGGGCAGCCCCAGCAGCGUGCCCGGCGCCUGGCGCUGCUGCGGGAGCUGGAGAUGAAUUGGUACCUGCGGGUGUGCGAACUGUCCCACGAGUACACCAUCGCCUACACCACCGGCAUGCCGCACAGGAACCUGGGGAAAUCUGGGCUGAGAGUCUCGUGCCUGGGGCUGGGGACAUGGGUCACUUUUGGAGGGCAGAUCUCCGACGAGGUGGCCGAGCAGCUGAUGACCAUCGCCUACGAGAGCGGCGUCAACCUCUUCGACACGGCCGAGGUCUACGCCGCCGGCAAGGCUGAGAUCAUCUUGGGGAACAUCCUGAAGAAGAAGGGCUGGAGGAGGUCCAGCCUGGUCAUAACAACAAAGCUCUACUGGGGUGGAAAGGCUGAGACAGAAAGAGGGCUCUCCAGAAAACACAUCAUUGAAGGGCUGAAGGCUUCCCUGCAGAGGCUGCAGCUGGAGUACGUGGACGUGGUGUUCGCCAACCGGCCCGACAGCAACACCCCCAUGGAAGAGAUUGUGAGGGCCAUGACCCACGUCAUCAACCAGGGCAUGGCCAUGUACUGGGGCACGUCGCGCUGGAGCGCCAUGGAGAUCAUGGAAGCCUACUCUGUGGCCAGGCAGUUCAACAUGAUCCCCCCCGUGUGUGAGCAAGCUGAGUACCAUCUCUUCCAGAGGGAGAAGGUGGAGGUUCAGCUGCCUGAGUUAUACCAUAAAAUAGGAGUUGGAGCCAUGACGUGGUCUCCACUUGCCUGUGGCAUCAUCUCAGGGAAAUAUGGCAAUGGGGUCCCAGAAAGCUCAAGGGCUGCACUGAAGUGCUACCAGUGGCUGAAGGAGAAGAUCAUCAGCGAGGAGGGCAGGAAGCAGCAGGGGAAGCUGAAGGAUCUGUCGCCCAUCGCCGAGCGCCUGGGCUGCACGCUGCCACAGCUGGCCGUGGCAUGGUGCCUGAGGAACGAAGGGGUGAGCUCUGUCCUCCUGGGAUCUUCCAACCCAGAGCAGCUGAUAGAGAACCUUGGAGCCAUACAGGUCCUCCCAAAGAUGACCUCCCACAUUGUCAACGAGAUUGACAACAUCCUGGGGAACAAGCCCUACAGCAAGAAGGACUACAGGUCCUAAGGUGCCACAGGAGCUCCUUGGCCUGCAUGGUCUCCCAAGGGCUCUGUGCACCAGGACAGCUCUGACUUCCUCCCACCAGAACCAUUCAGCAGCCUGCUUGCUGCUCGCUGUCUUCUCCUGCCGCUGGAUCCUUCCAGCUCUCUGCUCUUGCUCCUAACCUGCAGUGAAAUUCCAAAGCACAGUCAAGAU